AUGGACUCUGACGCUGGCUCCAACUCCAGCCGCUCCUCAUCUCCAGAUCUGGUGGUGGAUGACUCCAUGGGCAACUUCUUCUCCAACAAGAUGUUCCAAGCCUACUGCCGGGAGGAGGGGGCAGCCAGGGCCGCUGGGCAGGGCAGGACUGACCGCUGUGCUGGGGGAGGCAAGAGCAAGACCCUCAAAGAGGGUGACGUGCAGGACCUGAGGCUGAAGGUGAACGGCAGGGAGAGGAAGAGGAUGCACGACCUGAACCAGGCCAUGGACGGCCUGAGGGAGGUCAUGCCCUAUGCCCAGGGGCCCUCCGUCCGCAAGCUCUCCAAGAUCUCCACCCUGAUGUUGGCCCGUAACUACAUCCUCAUGCUGUCCAGCUCCCUGGAGGAGAUGAAGAAGCUGGUGGGGGACGUGUAUGGAGGUGGUGGUUCCCAGAGUCGCACUAGCCACCGCCGGAUCAACCCUCCGGCCCCCACAGCUCACCUCCCCCUACACCCCCUGGCCCAGUCCCUGCACUCCCUGGUGGGUAGCACGGCCUCGGCUCUCCACCACCCUUCGCCUCUCCCGGCUCCAGCCCCACACUCACCACCCUCUGCAAGCUACCUGGGCUUCCACCAUGCACCCGUACAGAGCCUGCUGAAAGACCCUCUCCACCUAGCCAGCUCCUACAGGCACUUUCCUGGUAUGCCCUGUCACUGCUCGCUCUGCCAGCCUCUACCAACCACCGCAUCCACCCUGCAUAGCUUUUCCAUGGGCAAGUGA